UCGCCCUGCCACGUGUCUUGUGGAUUAGAUGGUUCUACCAUAUAACGGUUCUUCUGCAUCCACAGUAUCAGCUCCCAAAAACUUAAAUUAAAAAGAAAAAAAAAAAACAUGUAAGCAAAGAAGCGAGGCUGCAAACGGCUAAGGGCAGAUAUUCUUGCGAGGCGAAGCAUAAAACCUCUCUCUCUCUCUCUCUCUCUCUCUCUCAAACAUGGCAUUUCAGUACUCCCCCAUCUUCCCUGCGACUUACAAUCGCCUCCAAACCUCGCAAGGCCUUGCUCCUUUGGUUUCCAGACCUGGAAAUUCCUACCUCCUAAAAUCGUCGUCUCCCAGUUUCUUCCAAAUCUUUGAAAAUGGAAGCGGGUCAACAAGAAGAAAAUUGCUGAGCAGUUCGGGCAUCCGAAGUACCAGCCUCUUCAAUGUUGUGGUAUCUCGAAGCAUUGAACUUACACCUCCAAGUGCAUCUGCUUUUCCACAACCAGGUGAUGUAUCCAGAAGUCUGCAGAGUCUUGCAUCUGAUUUACCAGAAAAAACGCAUACUAUAUCAGAACAUUUGCAUAGAUUAGUGCUAGCAGAUGUAGACCCUGCAACGGCAAAGCUAGCAAUCGGAAUUGUAGGACCGCUACUAUCGGCUCUCAGCUUUCUAUUUAUCGUGAGGAUAGUUAUGUCUUGGUACCCCAAGCUUCCGGUGGACAAGUUCCCUUACGUUCUUGCAUAUGCACCUACAGAACCACUGCUAAUCCCAACGAGGAAAGUGAUACCACCUCUCGGGGGUGUGGAUGUGACACCAGUGGUGUGGUUUGGACUGGUGAGUUUCUUGAACGAAAUAUUAGUGGGCCCACAAGGGCUUCUUGUCCUUCUAUCUCAGCAAGUUUAGCUAUUGACCCAGGUUUUCUGGCUCAUCAGUUCGUGUAUUCUGUCAUAUGCCCAUUCAUUUAUGAGAAUAAUUAUGAAGGGAGAAACUAGUUUAGUGAACAAGAUGUAAAACAGUAAAAUACCAAAUCAGAUUUCUGAACAUGUU